AUGAUUGUAGCCAGACCGUUAAGCUUUGACAUCUACGAGAAGCUCCGUGCGUUGCUUGUAGAGGCUUUUGAAAGCCUGGACAAGAACGAUCUAUUGAAUGGUCUCACCGGACAAUCGCCCGUGGAGCAGCUCACCAGCGGCCACAUCUCGCCCUUCAAUGAUGGCCAGGGCUUCUUUGCUGCCCCAGACGCUGCGCAGGAGCUGGGUGCAUGCCCUCCCUUGGGCUACUGGGAUCCCUUUGGCAUGAUGGCCUUCCAGGACGAGGAGAAGUUCCGCAGGAACCGUGAGCUGGAGUUGAAGCACGGUCGAAUUUGCAUGGUGGCCACCAUUGGAAUGAUCGUGCCUGACCUCUUUGGCCGCUUCGGAGGAGACCUGUCGCCCUCCAUGGGCCUGACCCUUGGCCGCCAGAAGGAGAAAAGGAAGUUCUCCGAUAUCCCCUGCACCAUCGAGGCCAUUUACAAGGUCCCGGCGGCCGGAUGGCUCCAGGUUUUUGCCCUGGCGGGCGCCAUCGAGGCGAAGAACUUGGCUUUCCCCACGAACUACGGCUACCCACCAUUCUGGGGGCAGAUCGACAAGCUGGAGCCAGAGGAGAAGCAGAAGAAGCUUCUGGCUGAGAUCAACAAUGGCCGUUUGGCCAUGGUGGCCAUGGCAGCCAUUGUGGCGCAGAACGGCGCCACCGGGCAGUCCUUGGUGGAGCAGAUGAACAUGAAGACGGCUAACUUUGGCGAGUUCGAUUAUUUGAUCACACAGAGGAAGGCGGGAAACAACUCGGAGGCGAUCCCAUGGGAGCCCAUCCCUCAGGGGCUCUCCAAUGAUCUCUUCGGCCCCUACGUGGGCGAUGUGGGCUUCGACCCAGCGGGCUUCGCAGCUCGGAUGGACACCGAAAGGACACGCGCGUACCGUGAGGCCGAAUUGGCUCAUGGGCGCGUUUGCAUGUUGGCGACUUUGGGCUACACCGUGCAGACCUCCGGCGCUAAGUUCGAGCCCUUCAUCACCCGCUAUCCGACCGACUCUUCAGACCCUCUGAAGGCGGCCACCCAGGUGCCCAUCGUGGGGUGGCUGCAGAUCCUUGUGGUCAUCGCCCUGUCAGAGCUUUGGCGCUAUGACCAUGCUUCGUCCAACCAGCGCCGGUCGUGCGAUCCGUCAGGUUGGAACCCCACGGCACCCACGGGCUCCAAGCGACCCAAGUGGUUCGGCCCCACCUUCUCUGCGAACUAUGCGCCAGAGGAGUGGAACAACAUGCGCUUGAGGGAGAUCAAGCAUUGCCGAUUGGCCAUGGUGGGCUUCUUCUUCAUGGUGCUCACGAACGCCUCCACCGGUCAAGGCCCUUCGCUGUUGCCCACCUACACGCAGGAGGAGUUCCAGUCCACGGUGGGCGACUUCAUCCCCAAGGGUCUCUAAGAGCAGAUGAUAGGCUGUGAGUGGAGGUCAGGAUUUUGAAGCAAAUGAGGAUGAUGCUGGUG